AUGCCUCCUCCUCCACCGCCACCGCCGCCGAUGCCCGGGGCUGGAGGAAUUCCCCCUCCGCCUCCCCCUCCCCCAGGAGGACUCCCAGGCGGUCCCUCUAGCCGUCCACCGCCAAGUUCAGGAGGCCGAAACGCUCUGCUUGCCGACAUCAGCAAGGGCAAAGCCCUUAAAAAGGCCGUCACCAACGAUCGUUCUGCCCCGGCUAUCAGCAAGGCGUCGUCCUCGUCAGGCCCAGCCAUCGGCGGAGCUCCUCCCAUCCCUGCUCUUGCCCUAGCACCGCCUGUCCCCGGGAACCGGGCGCGAAGCAAUAGCGAUCAGAAAUCUGCAUCGCAAGAUGUACGCCCGGUCGACUCGGCGCCGCAGCUGGGCGGUCUCUUCGCCGGCGGCAUGCCGAAGCUGAAGAAGCGGGGAGGCAACAUUGAUACGGGAGCCGACGCGGAAGCCUCCUUCCACUCCGACACAGAAAAGGCCCCGUCGCAUUCGGCGCCCCAUGUCCCGUCCUUUGCCGCACCGAAACCGCCAGCCGAUGCUGCGCCAGCUAUUCCGGGGCGAGGGCCUCCUAUUCCUCCCCCGGGCGCAGCAGCGGGCUUGAAGAAGACCAAGGGACCGCCGCCGCCGAUUGGAAAGAAGCCGCCGCCGCUGCCGACAUCUCGCAAGCCCUCGGCCAGGGCCACGCCGCCUCCGGCCCCUCCUCCGCCGGCCCCAUUUUCAGCUGCCCCUGUUCUUCCUGCAGCUCCCGCCCCGGCACCUCCCCCACCUCCGCCGCCAGCGUCCUCUGCCCCGGCUCCUGUAUCACUACCCCCUCCGCCGCCGCCUCCUCCAGCGUCUGCGGCACCUGUACUGCCCGGAGCGCCACCACCCCCUCCGCCCUCUGUCGCACCGCCGUUACCUUCACCAUCAUCAGCUCCGCGAGCUCAGCCGCCGCCGCCGCCGCCAGCGCCUCCUGGGGCGGCACCUUCGCCCCCUCCUCCUCCGGCACCGCCCAUUUCAGCACCGUCACCUCCCAGCGCUCCUCCUGCUCCUCGAUCCAGAGGGUCGUCUCUUCGCCAUACCAUGCUCGACCCCAGCACAUUUACCUUGACCUCGAACGGCGGCGGCUCGUCAGUGAGCCUGCCAGCCAAAGCUAACCACUCACCCUCACCAAGCCAUGGUGGCGGGCGGAUCGUUAUCCACGACACGAGAUGGCACUUUAAGGAUGAAAGUGUUUUCCCAAAACCCCGGGAAUUUGUUGGCGGCCCGAGGAGAUAUAGAGCAGGCAGAGGGAGCAGUGUUCCUCUUGAUUUGAGCGCGUUGCUUUAG